CCAAGAUGCCUGUUUCAAGAGUUGAUAGUGAGCAGCUUAAGUGUUCUCAGCAGCCAUUACUUGACAACAACUUCGGAACUAUUUUCUCAGCUUUGCCUCCUAGCUUCACUAAACUAUUGACUGGCUGUUUGACUGAACAUGAGAACAAUGAGCCACCAAAGGUGCCUGAAGAAAUUGAUAUGAUGUCCCAAGUCACGAGAUGCAUAUCGGAUUCUUCUUUUCAUGAUUUUAUGACUAGAGUAGAUAUGGUCAUUGAUGAAUUGGGAGGUGAUAUGACAAUCUAAUCGUCUCCAAAUCACACACAGUUACAACAAAGUGGGUUGCUUAAAAGGGAUGAUCACACGGAUCGCUUUUUCCGAAUCCUCAUGGUUGUGAGUUUGUUGUAUAUGAAGUUCGAUCAAUAAUGGUAACUCCCUCUCCUUUUUGUUGCAUUGUAAAAACAAAUGCAUUUGCUUGGUUUGCUGGUUGUAGGUGGUUUAGCUGGAAAUCAUAUCUACUUUGCAAACCAUGUCGAGAUUUCUGGAGGUAAGCAGGCACGGUCAUUGUGGAUGGGGCAUCCUGUAAUUGACAACCCGUGCACAUUACAAUACUAGCCGUGUAUAUAACAUGUUCCCCCAUUUUAACAAUGGAAAUGUGGAAUUUGUUGCUGUAAUUUUUUGUUUGAUUCAAAUCAAACUCCUUCCAUCUCAUGACUUAGUUGGGAUUCUUGUGCAGAUAAUGGAAUAUAUACGUGUCUUUUAAUGGAUGUUGUGAAAUGAGGUUUGUUCAUGGAUC